UGGCACUAAUGUGUCGCCAUAUUUUCCUUGUUGCUUUUGCGUUGCCGAGCGCCUCGCGUUUACCCGCACCAUGCAACUUGAACCCACCAAGUUUUUUCCUCCAUCGUCCAAUCAGAAGCGUUUAGAGACGGCCUUCUGUGGUUGUGACGACAACAAGUGUAAACAACAUGUAGGAGAAACCCGAAUGCAAGUGCCCUCUACAAUUUUCAACUAAAUAACAAUUACAUUGUGAUAUAAGACGAGGCAUGAGGGUUGUGCAUUUUGCUAAGGAGGCAGAGCGGGUUGACGGGUUGCUAGUUUGAUCCCCGGCGUCGAGGUGUCCCUGAGGACAUCUCGACACCUCUCCCUGACUGCUCCCGACGAGCCCGGCUGCCCCCUUGCAUGGCUGCCUCCGCCAUCGGUGUGUGAAUGUGUGCAUGAAUAGGUGAAUUUUAGGCAGUAUUGUAAUGCGUUUUGAGUGGCCACUGGUUAGAAAGCGCUGUAUAAAUGCAGUCCAUUUACCAUUAACCAUUUAUGGGGAACCAGUGAAGUUGACUGUUGGAUUGACGCGGUCACCGGAGCUGUUUUGCAUGAGCAUUGCCCAUUAUCUUAUUGACUCUGCACGUCCAUAAAGCCGCCUGGACAGGAGUUCACCCCUUCUUCUAAACAGAUAAGGCCAUUUCCUGGUCACCAAGCCGGUAUACGGCCCCCCGGCUGUGGACACAUUGUGAAGCGCUGAGCGGUGUCUUCUCUGAGCUCUGUCAUGGAAGAGGAUCCAGCCGGGACCAGAGAGUGUGAGGGCCAAACCAGGCCCGGGGGCCAGCCAAGGCCGGGGGACCUGGUGGAGAUCUUCCGGCCGGGGUACCAGCACUGGGCCGUGUACGUCGGUGGGGGGGACGUCGUCCACAUGACCACCAGCCGUCCAUGCUGUGUGUGUGACAAGGCGGUCAUAAAGAAACACAAGUUGAGCAGGGUGAUUGGCAUCUCCCGCUGGCGAAUCAACAACGCGCUGGACAGGAAGUGCGCGCCGCGCGCCGCGGGCGUCAUCGUGGAGGAGGCGCUGACCCUGGUGGGCACCCAGGAGGACUACAGCAUAGUUUGGAGGAACUGUGAGCACUUGGCCACCGAGCUACGCUACGGCCGGGCUGACUCCGGCCAGGUCGGACGGCUGCGGGCGGCGCUGCAGACGUACUCGCUCUUCUUCCUGCAGGCCGUGCUUCUGCACGGUCGGAGCCCCGAUGAACUGCUGGGGACGUUUGGGCUCUCCAAGCUGAAGCUAUAGGAGUACCACUAGACAAUUGAGGGGUGCGCCGGUUUGUGUGGGUGUGUAUG